AUGUGCUCCCUUCUUGCAUUACCUGCUGUGCUCUUCCAUCCCCUCAUCAUAUCCCGCCCUUGGUCUCUCUCCUGUCGUGCCUCCCAUACCUCUCGUGCCCUCCGCCCUCAUAGCUUUGGAGUGGUGAUGCUCACGAUCCUGACGGCACGCAAGGCCAUCUACAACUCGGACGACAACCAGAUCAACCUCAAGCAAUGGGUGGCCCCAUUCGUAGCAGCCAACGACGGAGUGACCUUCAAGGACCCCUCUCUGGAAGCCCCACCAGACAUCAUCCUGCGCCUGGCACGCCUGGCUCUCAGCUGCACCGCCAUGCCCACUGUCCUGCGCCCCAACAUGAUCAAAGUGCUUGCUGAAUUGGAGGCUCUGCGCGAGGAG